GCUGCGGGCGGCGGGCGGGCUGCCGCCGGCGGCACUGCUCCUCUUCCAGCUGCGGGGUGCGCCUGCUGCCUCCUGGGCACCUGCUGGUGCAAGAGCUGCCUCAGCGUGUGCGUCCUGGCGGCCCUCUGCUUUGCCUCGCUGGCCCUGGUGCGCCAGUACCUGCGGGACCUGCUGCUCUGGGCUGAGAGCCUGGACAGCCUGGCCGGUGUGCUGCUCUUCACCGUGGGCUUCAUCGUCGUGUCCUUUCCCUGCGGCUGGGGCUACAUCCUGCUCAACGUGGCCGCCGGCUACCUCUAUGGCUUCGUGCUGGGCAUGGGGCUGAUGGUGCUCGGCGUCCUUGUUGGCACCUUCGUCGCCCACGUGGCCUGCAAGAGGCUGUUGGCCCACUGGGCACGGGCCAGGAUCCAGGGCAGUGAGACUCUCAGCGCCGUUGUCCGCGUCGUGGAGGGUGGCAGCGGCCUCAAGGUGGUGGCUCUGGCACGGCUGACGCCGAUCCCUUUCGGGCUGCAGAAUGCCAUCUUUGCGAUUACAGAUUUGUCACUACCCAACUACCUGAUGGCUUCUUCAGUUGGGCUGCUUCCUACUCAGCUCCUGAACUCAUACUUGGGCACUACCUUGCGCACCAUGGAGGAUGUGAUUGCAGAACAAAGUGUUAGUGGCUAUUUUAUAUUCAGUUUACAGAUUGUCAUAAGCAUAGGACUCAUGUUUUAUGUUGUUCACCGAGCUCAAGUGGAACUGAAUGCAGCUAUUGUAGCGUGUGAAAUGGAAAUAAAGACAUCACUUGUUAAAGACAGUCAACCGAGCAUCAGUGGUUCAACCACAUACUGCAACAAAAGGACAGUAGCAUUCUCUGGAGGAGGUGUCAAUAUUGUGUGAUUUCAAGUAUUAAUAAAGUAAGGUUUUGUGAACCUAAGCUAUUGCCUAGAAAUAUCUAUGGACAAUUCAACUAGUUUUAAAAAAAAUUACAAGUGGUUACAGGUUGUACUGUGGCACAAACCAACCGACCAGCUCUUCAAUUGCACACAGGGUGACUUCUAGCAAGAAAAGAAAGAUGGUGAAGUAACUUAAGAUGUAAAUGCAAAUUUGGCUGCACCUUUGGUCAUUUAUUAUACCUGUCAUGGCCUGUAGUCUGCACUUUAGGUUUUUUUCCUUUGCUCCUAUAAACUGAGAAAUGCUUCUAUAAACUGAGAAAAGUAGCACAGAGGUAAAUAUUUUUCUGCUUAGCGUUAUUUAUAAGGCUGAAUAAAUAUGCAGUAGAAUUUUAUUACUGAUAAAGAUGAAUGAGAAAGUAUGCAAUUCAAUGUAUGUUAUUCUUGAAUGUGCUUUUGCUUUGGAAUUGCUUCCAGAA